AUAGGAGUUUUGCCUGAGACAGUCCGAGAGUCAAUUAUUAAGUCAAAAAGAACAUAUUGUAAGCAGAGCAUUCAAUGACAAUCACAAGGACUGAUGGUAGCAUAAAAUGGCUAAUGAGAGUGGAACGGGUGACUCCUUAUCUUAUUCUAAGGAGAUCAAUAAGAGUGCACAGGAAAGUUUAAUACCUCUGACAGAAGACUUGGCAGAAUGGCUCUCAAGGGUGUUAGAUGUCAGUGUUGAAGUUGACACGUUGAUGGAUUCAUUAGACAAUGGUGUAUUGCUUUGUAAACUUGCUCAGUUAAUACAAAGGAAAGCUAUAGAAUGCCAAAGGACAGGACAUAAAAUCAAAGAUAACGUACCACAACAUAAAAUCAAAUGUCGAGAGAACGCCACGUCUGAGUCUUUCUUUGCUCGUGACAACAUUGCUACAUUUCUUUCUUGGUGCAGGGAACUAGGAUUAGAAGAUACCUGUCUCUUUGAGACUGAUGGGCUUGUGCUAAGAAGAUCCCCACAGAAUGUGCUAGUAUGUAUCUAUGAACUGGCUAGGCUUGGCUCAAGACUUGGCAUUGAACCUCCGGGAUUACUCAAACUUGAAAAAGAGAUUGAGAAAGAGGAGAGGAACCCUAGACCGGUCUCAGCAAGAAAGGUCUCGGCCUUAGAUGAACAGGUUCAGAAGAUUUCUAAACAGAAGAAAAUAGUGGACAUCCAUCGAAUAUCAGAAGGAAAAUACAAUAUUGGAGGAAAAAUUGUAUUAAUAAGGAUGCUGAGAGGUCGUCAUGUGAUGGUACGUGUUGGAGGCGGAUGGGAGACGUUGGAAUCUUACCUUGAUAAACACAUAGUCACUUCAAUGAAGCGAGUCGGUCGAGCUGUAGAUCUAGACUCGGGUGAAACUAUCCAGGAUGAUUACUUUGUGAUGAAUGCCAAAUAUAAGAGCCAUAAUAACGUCAACAACAAUGGAAGAACAUAGCGCUCACUAAACUUUCCAAAGAUGUUACUUUUUACAUGCUGUAAAACAGUAUUAAUACAAAGUGGCGAUGCAGCGCAGUGAAGGGUAUUUACAAUAUGCGACAAAUACAAGCAUUAAUUGCUUGGGUCAAGUGUUUUGAAUAGUAUUGUGGAUGCCCAGGAUGCCUGCACUAACAACGCAAAUUAAAACUGUGCAGUACUUGUGUUAUGAAAUGGGUCGGUGGUAUGAAUAUAUGGUUGAGAAUUCUUUAAAAACUACUCCAAAUUCCAUCAGAUUGCACAGACAAUCCUUAGGGUGCCGUUGCAGAGAGGUCUAAGGCACCUGGCUGACAUUUGAAAGUCCGGGAUUUGAUCUCCGGCCACGGCACCUGUACCCGUGCGCAAGGCCUUUAAUGGACAGUGCUCUUUUGUCCUACAUUCAAAAAGAUCGAAAUGCUAUAUGCAUUUUUGGUAACUAGGUGUGCACUUCAGUUAAAAAAAGUGCUUAGUACUGCACCUCCAAAAAUUGUAUUUUACUAAUAAUAAUACAAAAUAUAGGGCGCUUAAUACGGGCGUUUCUAAGCGUGCUGUGUUCUGUAUUUAACUUUACAUGGGAAAAAAGUUCAUUGGGCAUAAUAACGCAAAGUGUGACAAAAAUUAAUUAAGAGAGAAAAAAAUGCUAACAGAUUAAAACUGGUGUGCACCUCCAAUGACCGACCCACAACUGGGAUUCAUCGAUUGAAAAGGUAUGUUUUGAGCAGGGCCUUAAACUGACUGACGGACUUGGCACUAUGCAUGUAAGAGGGUAACUUGUUCCAAAGAGAAGGGGCAAUAGAGGAAAAAGCACGGUCACCAAGUUUGCGGUAUUUUGUAGAAGUUUGCCACUCAGAACAUUGUUUUCCUAAUAGAACUAAAGUUAUUAGACUAUCUUAUUCUUUCUAUUAUUUAAAGAUAUACUAGUAUAUGAAGGAGUAGCUAUUUUUUUUUACUCCAGUCCAUGAAAAACCACACAGAGUGUUAGUUAUUUCGUUCUGGCUAUAUAGAAACUUGUCCACUGAAUCCCGUCCUUGAGAAUAAUUGUAUUCAUUCUGCUAUUGCUGCUGUCCAAGGAAGACCUCUUUUAAUUUGUAGUGUGCCUUCAUACAUUGCCUUUUGUUCAGACAAUUCAAAGAUUAUAUGACCAAUUCAAUCCAAUGAGCUUUCAUUACACUCUUUUUCAGGUAUUUUCCUUCUUUUCUUUACGUUUAGAUCUUUCCUUGUUGAACUCUAAAUCUCGGUAUGUUCUCUCUCUGAAACCUUGAAUCAAAAAAAGUAUUAAGUGUUUGUCAAACCAAGCCGUUGAUGAUAAUGAAAGUGAUAUUUUGAUUUAGAAAGUAUACAAAUACGCAUCAUCAAGGCAUAACCGCGCAAGGUACAGUACAUGUACCUAUAGAACAUUUCUAAUGGACUGUUUCAAGCACGAUGUGUGUGUGUUAUGCCCUUGCAAGGUGAUGUGUAUUAUGAUAAGAUAGAGAUAUUGACCCUUGCUAUUAAAGGUCAAGUCCAUCCCAGGAAAAACUUGAUUUGAAUCAAUAGAGAAAAUUAAACAAGAAUAACACUGAAAAUAUCAUUAAAAUUGGAUGUAAAUAAGAAAGUUAUGACAUUUUUAAGUUUCGCUUAUUUUUCACAAAACAGUUAUAUGCACAACUCAGUGAUAUGCAAAUGAGAGACUUGAUGAUGUCAAUCACUAUUUCUUUUGUUUUUUAUUGUUUGAUUUAUACAAUAUUUCAAUUUUCACAGAUUAUACGAUAAGGACCAUCAUGGUUGAGCCACAAAAUGUUAAAACAAUGGCAAUUCCACGUGUUCGGGAAGGAAUAAAAAUUCAUUUCUCAAGACAAUGAGGAGAAAAUUGAAAUAUUCCUUUAUUUCAUUUAACAAAAUACAAAAAAAAAAAUAGUGAGUGGCCUAAGUCAUUGGUUGCCUAAUUUGCAUACCUACCAGGAUGUGCAUAUAAAUGUCUUGUGAAAUCAAGCGAAACUUUAAGAUAUAACUUUCUUAUCCAAUUUUGAUGAGAUUUUCAGUGUAAUGCUUGAUUUAUUUUUCUCUUUUUAUUCCAAUCAACCUUUUGUUGGGGUGGACUUGUCCUUUAAACCAGUUUGUAUCAACACCUUGACUUAUCAACAGAACUAGUCGUCAGUUACCAGUCAUUAGCCAAUUUUCUUCUGAGCUAACUUGUCUAGUCAUGUGAUAGAUAUCAGCCAAUCGUUUGACUAGGAUCCAUAUCACCAUUUUAUAGCAACUUUGUUGAAAAACCUCUUAUAGUAUUCAUACGCUGUACUUUGGACCACAUGAUUCUCUGUCUAUAAAUGUACAUAUGCAAUGUAUUUCAAAUUAGGUAAUGUGGACUGUUGAUUUUCAUUGUGAGAUUAUCUGAAAUAAUUCUGUCAAGAAUGUACAUUCCAUUCUGGGUUUAAGGGAAUGUAGUGCUAUUUCGCAAUUACAUGUAAUUGCAAAUAUUAUUUACAACUGGGUGAUUGAUACAUAAAUUGAACUGAGUAAAUCAAAUUCUUAUGGAGAAAGAAAAUUGGUAACUUAUCGUAAAUUUGUGAGUGAUUGUACGAUCACUUUUCCUGUUUUAUAGUCUGUUAAAAAAUGUUCAAGUUUUUGUUCAACUCGAUCUUAUUUCUCUAUUUCUGUAUCAAAGUUCAUACUUGGUACAUGAUCCUUGGGAAAUACACAUGUGAGCCUAUGAGAAUGAUCAGGUCAAAGGUCAU